AUGGCAAUAGCGCUGAACAAUGGAUUCAAGAUGCCAAUAGUUGGUUUAGGUGUAUGGCGGAUGGAAGGGAAAGAAAUCAGAGACCUCAUUGUUAAUUCUAUCAAGCUUGGUUAUCGUCACUUUGAUUGUGCCGCUGAUUACAAGAAUGAAGCAGAAGUAGGAGAGGCAUUGGCUGAAGCUUUUAAAGGAGGGCUUGUUAAGAGGGAGGAUCUUUUUAUUACUACCAAGCUAUGGAAUUCAGACCAUGGACAUGUUGUUGAGGCCUGCAAGGAUAGUUUAAAAAAGCUUCAGCUUGAUUAUCUCGAUCUUUACCUUGUCCACUUUCCCGUAGCCACAAAGCAUACUGGAGUGGGUGCGACUGACAGUGCAUUGGGUGAGGAUGGGGUGCUGGAUAUAGACACAACCAUAUCCUUGGAAACCACCUGGCAUGCUAUGGAAGAUCUGGUUUCCAUGGGUUUAGUUCGCAGCAUUGGAAUCAGCAACUAUGACAUCUUUCUAACUAGAGAUUGCUUAGCCUACUCGAAAGUGAAGCCUGCUGUGAACCAAAUUGAAACUCACCCAUACUUCCAGCGCGAUUCUCUUGUGAAAUUCUGUCAGAAGCAUGGCAUCUGUGUGACUGCUCAUACUCCUCUUGGAGGUGGUGUGGCCAAUACUGAAUGGUUUGACACUGUAUCAUGUUUGGACGAUCCUGUUCUGAAGGGUCUGGCUGAAAAAUAUAAGAAAACUGUGGCCCAGAUUGUUCUCCGGUGGGGCAUCCAACGAAACACUGCUGUCAUCCCGAAGUCAGCAAAGAUCGAGAGACUGAAGGAAAAUUUUGAAGUUUUCGACUUCGAGUUAAGCAAAGAGGAUAUGGACCUGGUGAAAGGGCUGGACAGGAACUACAGGACCAACCAACCUGCCAAGUUUUGGGGGGUGAAUUUGUACGCUUAA